CCGAAGGUUUAACCCAGAUGGCGCCUCCUGUUUAUACCCAGGAAGAUACCAUUGCGAUCAGCUGCCAUUUCUAGCUUUCCCAGCAAGUGCAUAGACCAAGUACUGUACAGCUCCAGCAUGCUCUCGAUGCCCUUCGUCGUCGCGCUCCUCACGCGCAAGUACUCGAUGGACGGCCGGCCAAGCCCGGCGGCGCUGCCCUCCGCCGACGAGUGGGGCCCUCGGUACGACGCGUCCGGCGACCGCCCGCUAAAGCCCACCACGGACGCGCUCGUGACCAAGCAUGAGUAUAGGGACCGGUCCGACACGGCCUCGACCGUCUCGACGUCGGCGUCGCACGACCUCGCCGCCAUGUACUACCCUGCCACGCGCAGCAGCCGUCGCCGUCGCCACGACGACAAUGACAACGACGAGACGACGACGACGACCUUUAUGAUUCCCGAAGGCGCCCAGUGGCGCAGCGUCUUUGAGCGGCUGUACCAGCCCGACUACCACCAGAAGCGCGACGAGCGCCUUGCCGAGGCCCGCGACCGCAUCUAUGCGGUCGAGUGCACGUUUCGCCCGGCGAUCGCCGCCCGCGCCGCCAACGACGACGACGACGACAAGGCAGACAGUGUGGCCGACGAGCCCGCGACGCUGACGAUCGUCGCGCGCCUGUAUAGCCCGACGUACCACCAAGACCGCCUCGCGCGCCUUGAGGCCAAGCGCCAGGCGUAUGCGUUCCAUCCGACAACGAACGAGCCGACGCGGCCGCUGCCGCCGAUCGAGACUCGGCUCUACUCGGCCACGUACCUCCAAGAGCGCAACGAGAAGCUGCUUCGAUUGAAGGUGCAGCUCGAGCUCGUCGAGUGCACGUUCACGCCCAAUAUCAACACACACCUGAACGUCUCGGUGCGCAAGCCGCUGUACGACCCGUCGUACCACCAGACCCGGAGCUCGAUUCUGCUCCUGAUGCAGGACCGGCACAUGGUCAAGCCGACGCAGCUGCGCCGGACGACCUCGAACGCGUCGACGUCGAGCACGACCACGAGUGCGCGGCGACAGGCGUAAUCGUCGUUGCAGUUUUUUCAUAUUUAUUGUCAAUAUUGUCUAUCAACGCGCGGGGUUGUGUUUACGGUACCUA